AUGGAAAACAAGGCAAGUUUUCUUCCACAAGAAGGAGAGGCGCGUCCUUCCAGAUGUCCAGAUAACAGUGCAUUCAAACAACAGAAGCUACCAGCUUGGAAGCCCCAGCUUACCAUUGCGACUGUGCUCUCCAGCUUCUUUCUCACAGGCGCGUUCUGCCUUCCUGUGGGAGUCUGCCUCAUACUGUCCGCAAACAGCGUCAGAGAGAUCCAGAUUGAUUAUUCAGAUAAAUGUUCAGAUUGUUCAAAACUCCGUGAAAAUUCCUCUAAUUGGAAUAAGGAAUGCCACUGUUCUGUUAAUUUCACGCUAAAGGAAGACAUAUUGGGUGAUGUUUUUAUGUACUAUGGCCUGCAAAACUUCUAUCAAAACCAUCGUCGAUAUAUGAUAUCAAGAAAUGAUGCACAGUUGUUGGGUCGAAAUGUAAAUAUUCAGAAGAGCUACUGCGCGCCCUUCACCACCUACCAAAAUGGGACGCCCAUGGCUCCAUGCGGUGCUAUUGCCAACAGCAUGUUUAAUGAUACUAUUGAUCUUUUUUACAAUUUUAACUCAUCUGUUAUUCAAGUACCACUGCUGAAGACUGGAAACAGUUGGUGGACAGAUAAAAAUGUGAAAUUUCGCAAUCCAAAAUCAUACAAUCUCUCUUCUGCGUUUGCAGGGACAGCAAGACCUCCUUACUGGCAGAAACCAGUAUAUUUGUUAGACGAGGAAGAUGAAAGGAACAACGGUUAUGUAAAUGACGACUUCAUUAUCUGGAUGCGAGUGUCAGCUUUUGCUACAUUCAGAAAUCUUUACCGUCGUGUCAGCCGGAUAAGGCAGUUUGCGGAUGGCCUCCCAGCAGGGAAUUACACUUUUCAUAUUUCCUAUAAUUUCCCUGUUACCAAAUUCAAGGGGAGGAAGCACGUGAUUCUUUCAACCGUGGUAUGGUGCGGAGGAAGUAACCCAUUCCUGGGAAUUGCCUACGUGGUUUCUGGCACAGUAGCAACCCUGACAGGUUUUGUCAUAACUGCCAUCCACUUAAAGCUCAGAAAGAAGAAGACAUACUUUCAGAAGUAAUAAGGUUCGCUGGCUUUCUGAACACAAAGGCAAAGGUGUCCUGUGAACAAAGAACAUGCAGCACAGACCUUUCAUUCUUCCCCCUGAGCUCUGGGUCUGUUUCAGUAACAGAUUUGGUGAA